GCGGAGAGUCAUUCAGGGUUAAUAAUAUUCCGCCGUGGGGGGGAGCGGGGGAGGACACACACACACACACACAUAAACUGCCAACCCGGCGACGAGGUUGGGCCUGCGGUGCCUGCCUGCAACCCAGGAAACAUGGAGCUCGAGAAUAUCGUGGCCAACACUGUUCUGCUAAAGGCGAGAGAAGGAGGGGGUGGGAACAGAAAAGGCAAGAGCAAGAAAUGGAAACAGAUGCUUCAGUUCCCUCACAUAAGCUUGUGCGAGGAGUUACGUCAGACUAUAGAGAAAGACUACAACAGCCUUUGUGAGAGGCAGCCAAUCGGACGCUUGCUAUUCCGGCAGUUCUGCGACACCAGGCCGGAGUUGAGGCGUUGUGUCAAAUUUUUGGAUGCUGUGGCGGAGUAUGAAGUAACGCCAGAUGAGAAGAGGAAGGAAUGUGGACAGGAACUCCUAGACAAGUACCUCAACCCAAAGUCAGACGACUAUGUCCCUGAGGUAACAGAAGAGAUGGUGACUAAGUGUGCAGAACGCUUGCAACAGGAGGCAUGUAAAGAGCUCUUCAUGGAGUGCACCAAACUGAUCCAUGACUUCCUGAGCAUGGCCCCCUUCGCAGACUACCUCGAUAGUAUGUACUACAGUCGCUUCUUACAGUGGAAAUGGCUUGAGAGACAGCCAGUCACAAAAAACACAUUCCGUCAGUAUAGGGUUUUGGGAAAGGGAGGCUUUGGCGAGGUCUGUGCAUGCCAGGUGCGGGCCACAGGGAAGAUGUAUGCCUGCAAAAAGCUGGAGAAGAAACGCAUCAAAAAGAGGAAAGGAGAGUCCAUGGCCCUGAAUGAGAAGCAGAUUCUUGAGAAAGUUAACAGUCGGUUUGUUGUGAGUCUCGCGUAUGCAUACGAGACGAAAGACGCCCUGUGUUUGGUGCUCACGCUGAUGAACGGAGGGGACCUGAAGUUUCAUAUCUACCACAUGGGAGAGGCAGGUUUUGACGAGAAGAGAGCCGUGUUUUAUGCUGCUGAGAUCUGCUGCGGGUUAGAAGACCUCCAUCGGGAGAGGAUAGUAUACAGGGAUUUGAAGCCAGAAAACAUACUACUGGACGAUCAUGGUCAUAUACGUAUAUCAGAUCUGGGCCUGGCUGUGCAUGUACCAGAAGGUCAGACAAUCAAAGGCCGGGUGGGAACUGUGGGGUACAUGGCCCCAGAGGUGGUGAAGAAUGAGCGUUACACAUUCAGUCCAGACUGGUGGGCUCUCGGCUGUCUCCUCUAUGAAAUGAUCGAGGGCCAAUCACCUUUUCAGCAGCGCAAGAAAAAAAUCAAGCGAGAGGAAGUGGAGCGGCUAGUGAAGGAGGUGGAGGAAGAAUAUUCCAGCAAGUUCUCAGAGGAUGCCCGAUCACUCUGUAAAAUGCUGCUAGCCAAAGACCCUAGUGAGAGGCUUGGCUGUCAGGGGGACGGUGCCUCAGAGGUGAAAGCCCACUCUAUUUUUCGUUCCAUCAACUUCAAGCGGCUUGCAGCAGGCAUGCUCGAAGCACCCUUUAUUCCAGAUCCUCAGGCCAUUUACUGUAAGGAUGUGUUGGACAUCGAACAGUUCUCUACAGUGAAAGGGGUGGAGCUGGAGCCGAAAGACGACUCCUUCUACAGCAAAGUAUCUACUGGAAGCGUUCCCAUCCCCUGGCAAAAUGAGAUGAUAGAGACGGAGUGCUUUAAGGAACUUAACAUCUUGAAUUUUGAUGGCACUGUGCCCCCAGACCUGGACUGGAGAGGUCAACCCUCGCCCCCUCCCAAACAGGGCUUACUGCAGAGACUCUUCGGCCGGCAGGACUGCUGUGGAAAUUGCAGCGACAGUGAGGAGGAGCCCACAAGGCUUUGAAGGCGUGGCCUGGCUGUGGCUCCUCCCCUACACCACUGAGGAUCUCAUUUGUUUACAGUUUUUGCACAUUUGUAUUUUUAAGAUAGCUCUAUAUAAACAUUGGAAUGUGUAUUUUCACUAUAUAGCCAUGCAGUGUAUCUUAUUUAAAGUCAUCGAAAUGAAAAAGACAGGAAAAAGGGUCCCAAUUAUUGUCCUUUAUCAUGUGUGACGUGUGGAAAGGACAGAUCGUUCAACACUGCUCAAGUCUCAAACACGGUUGACCCAACCGAUCUUGUACAUUUCGUCAGUAUGUCUUGCAGCCUCUUUGCGCUUUUUUCUUUUUCUGUUCUUGUACGAUUUCACACACAUGUACAGUAUGCACUCUGAAUAUUUGUUUUAGACGCGGGGAGCAAAGGAAAUUUGCUUUUGCAGAUAUUUUUAUAUUUAUAUUUUGAAUUUUAUUUUCUUAUGGUAAUCUCGACAAUCAAAUGACACCAUUUGUAUAAAACAGUGAUAAAUGUGCAUUAAUGGAAUUUAAAAAAGCAAAAACAGGAAGUGAUUAUAAACAGAGGGAAAUUUUAACAUCAUAAAUUCUCUACCAGAAGUCUCAAAUAAGUUAUGUAAGGUUACUUAGCUAGAGAUACCUAGUAAACCAAAUAGGCGUGACUAAAGUGCAUAUAUGUACAAUAACAACUGCAGACAGUUGUACCAUGUUGUAAAUAUGCGACACUCAUCUGUAAAGUCUUCAGUGCGUCUUCCUGCUAAUUCUUCUCUGAAAAAAUUGGGAAAAACAUCCUGAUUAUAGUCCUGUGUGGCCCAUAUGUUACAAAACGAGUCGAACCAUGAGGCAUUAUUUUCCAUUUACAAUAUAUUUCACAACAUAACUGGUAAAAACAUGACAGUAAUUUGUCAUUCCAUCUCUGAAGACCGAAAAACUUUAAUUAAGGCCUGUUUCACACUGCACACGUAAGCAGAGCGUAAGCAGUGCAUAUUUUUUCCCGGCGGCCAUGCUGAUGGAUUUAAGCUUUCACACUAGAUGCUGAGGCGAUUCGGCAACGCAUAGCAGGAACAGAGCAGAAGUGGCGGUGCCGCGAUUGUUCCUGCACAAGUCUAUUUUUGCACUGCUCACACUGAAUUAAAAUGACAGUGUAUCGUUUUUGUCAAAAUACACGUUGACAAAUUAACAAAUUUACCAGAACAUUAUAAAAGUGAUGUCUACUGUGUUUCACACAGUCAUCAGUAUAGCUUAAGUUUAAGAUUCAUUUUACUAUAAAUUUAUUUGGUAUGUGUGGGAAGGGAAAAAGGUAGCAUCACAUCAGAGUAUGCUGCCCCUUAUAAAUUAAAGCAUGCGGCAGCUAGUGUUAAGAGGAGACCACCUUAAACAGGCAAAACAAGGGACAGCACUCGUCUUACCCAUUCUUGAUGUUGCAGGACACAAGCCACAUUUCAGAUCGCGGCGUAAAGGCACAAUGAGCCUGUGCUGUUUGUGCUCUUCAUACGCGCAGCUUUCGCACUGCAGUCGCUCUGCUUACGCAUCCCGUGUGAAACGGGCCUAACGCCUGUUUCACACAUACUCCGUCUGCAGUGCGUAUGCAGUCCGUGUGCGUUACGUAUGCGGUGCAGAAGCAGCACGGACUCAUUUUGCUUCCACAUAGGACACGUUUGCAGUCCGCUCCUGAUCCGCGGCUGUUUACCACAAACACAAUACAUGUAUCCGUUAUUUUGAUUUCAAAUCCAUACGUGCUUUUUCAGCAUUGCGAUCCUUUUUUAUCACAGUACACUAAUACAAUCGUUCAUAGACAUAUUCACGUUUAAACUCUGUUCAUUUUUACCGCGAACAAUGAGCUGUCACUUUAAUUCAGCGUAUGUAGCACAGCAAAAAUAGACUCGGUGCGGAAACUAUCGUUGCACUGCUGCAGACACACUUCUCCUGGAACGCACUGCCGGAUCGCAACCGCGUGCAGUGUAAACGCUCUAAUCCGUUAACAUAUAACAAAAAAUACGCACCGCGUACGCACUGCAAACGGAGUAUGUGUGAAAUAGGAGUGACAGUACGUUUACACGGGGCAUCGGCGUCAACACUUAAUGGAGGGCGUGGCUGAAGCUUGGUGCUGAUGCGACCAUCAUAGUGGCAACAGCCAAUUACAUUACUUUUCUGGUGUUGCAUCAGCGCGGUUGGCUAGCGUCUGCACUAGUAUAUUUGCAUAAGGCGAUCUGAUUGGCUGAAGCCUGCGUUGCCCUUCGAAAAGUUAACACAUUUUCAACUUCUGCCCUGAGCAACAUCAAUGACGCGACGCAACGGACGGCAACGCUUGACAUCACCCUAUAUGAAGUUUCAAACGUAGGUUCGGGAGGUGCCUAAUCAUUCAGUCCUGUCAGUCAUCAUUACCAGCCUAUAUAAGCAGCUCUUUUUGCAUCGUCCCAGCAUCAGUUCUUCCAGCAUCCCUCCUCCUCCCCUUUACCUCCUCUAUUUCUGUUAUCCUCCCUCUAGGUAAUAUCGCAAUGGGGGGUUGAACUCAGCGCUCAAGCCGAGCCUCGGGUUCGAGCCUCCAUUAAGAACAGCAAGCCAAGUUUGUUUACCAUUGCCCAUCAGGACUGGAUGGGCAGGUGAACUGGUGAAUCAAAGUAAAGGAGAGGCGUUUACGCUGACGCCCAGUGUGAAUGCACCGUACUACUCGACUGAUGCUCAGCUUGUCAUCAUCGCUGAACAGUUCAACCUGCUAAUAGACAUUAUAAAUGUUGAUGUUUUAAAAGUAGAUAUGGGCUGCGUAUAAUUUAAUUGCUGCUUUUUUAUAUGUAGGUCAAACUAAAAAUCAUUUGCCAAAAAGAAAUGUUUUGUUUUGUGUUAAGUAUCCCCUGCAAUCACAAUAAGCUUUUUACAUUUACAAUUGCUUGGAAACAUGAUGUCUUGGGAACUUUGUUGUAAAUUUAAUCUCUUGAUGCACUUAAGACCAAACCAGUUAAAUUUUUGUCCUCCGUCUUCAUAGAAGGUGCCUUUUGAAGUAUUAAGGUACUCGUCAUUAGGGAUUUUGUUAGAAUAUCAUGUUUUUGAGUUAGCUUAGCUUUUUACACACACAUGUUUCUUUGCUGUUGUUUUACCUCAGAUAUUACUGUGCCCUGUGGAUGUUCUUUUUUUAUUCUUUUUAUUUUUCCAAAACUUGUGAAUUCUUAUGUUGGACAUCGUAGUAACUCGCAAAAGCUUUGGGACUUUGUAUUGAAGCCUAGCUGAAUGCGUAACAUCGGUGACCUGCCAACUCAAGGGUCUGUAAACAUAACGUGCUUUGGAGGAAGUCCAUGGAAGUACUGUCAGAUAAUGACAUGACGGCUCCUCGACUGUCAACACAUUUCUCAUCCAUCUGCAGUUUACGUUAAUUCUCUUGGAUAAACUCAAAUACAUUCCAGUCUACCACACUGUACAGUUGUAAAUUUUAUUUAGUUUUUUGUUUGUUCUUUUUGUUUAUUUAGCAAUAAUGGAUUUUAUAAGUAUAACUACUAUAUAAAUGUGUAUAAAAUGAUAACAUUUCGAACCUAGAGCGAGACGGAACUUAGUUUGACUCGAUGUUUUCCUGAGCCAGGGCUUUUAACACUGUGAAGUGAUCAUUUCUGUCACAGUUGUACAUUUUGUUUUUCUUUUGUGCAAUGCACUGAUAUUUUUUGUUUGUGAAUUUAUAACUGUGUAUGUACAGUUUGUGUGCCUAAAUGCUGUAUGUCUGAGCGUAUGUGCGCUCUUACCCGCACUGCAUGUGCCCAUAUUCUUUACCAUAACCACUAGUGAAUGACAUUUUUUGCCCUAAAUGAGUGAAAUGUUACGUUCCAGGGAAGCUUUCAGUGUUUGUUUGUUUCUUUUCUAAGAGGAAAGGUGGAGAACUUCAGGCUCACUGAAAAUAAAGUUUUCUAUUAUUAGUAAUGCCAGUCAUUUCAGUAUCACUGAUUUCAUGUUUACCUCAAGGCAGUGGUGGAGCUAAACUCAAAAUUUCAUACAAAACAAGACUUGUACUGAGAAUUAGACAUGCUAGUGCUUUAGAGGUCAGUGUCAAAAUGAAAACGGCGAACUUCCAGCCACAUUUGUCAGUGUUAUUAAUUAAUUUUAGCUGUCAACAAUAAAAACAGACCCCGUGAUAUGAACUCUGCCAUAUUAGUACUUCUGUUGUUUUUGAGAAGAGUAUAGACAAGUGAGAUUAUUCCUACAUCUUAUAAGCCUCAAAGUGUAUGGUGCCAGUUUAAGAAUCAUUUUCCAUUGGCAAACAACAUGCCAUUGAGGGCUAUAGAAUCAAAUACGAUUUUUUUUCUAACUGUGUAUAAUGUGCUAAUUUGAGUAAAGAAUGGUAUAUAACUGGAGGAUCUGGCCAUUCUAAUUCGUCAAUGUGCCAUUUUUUUUUUUUUUUUUUUUUUUUUUUUUUUUUUGCUGACAGUGAUUUAAUUGUAAUUUUAACAUAUCUGUGUUAUUUUAAAGCAACAGUUUUAUUGCCUAAUAUGUAUGUAGAAGUCAUUUGAGGCCAGAAGAAUUUGUUUUGUUGCAAUGAAAACUUGUCUUGUACCUGUUUAUCCCUGUUCUGGAAGCCUUAUUUGUAUGUGAUACAAAAAAAUGGUUCCUGGAUUGCACAUUGAAUACUAAUUUUUUGCUGAAUUCAAUAGUUAAUUCUCACUCAGGUUACUGCCAUCAUUAUGUAUGUUUUUAUUUGCUUAAUAUACUUAUACAGCCUUACUGAUAAAAUAAUGUCAAGUUACUGGUUUAUAUUUGUCCAUUUUAAACUUGCAUAAAAGACAUGCCACUCAGAACGUUGUUUAUAGACUUUGGUGUAAAGUUGUAUUGAUGAUGAUAAUGACAGUGAAGGAGUUUGUUGAGUAAAUGUUUUUUCUUGUCAAAGCACUGAUGCUCAUAUUCCCUCUGUUUAGUUUCUGCUGUCUGUCUCUGGCCUGUGAAGCCUGUACAUUUGCGCAUGGCCAUGCAGGUCUUCUGUGUAACAAACAGAAUUUUUUGUUUGUUUUCCAUUUUUCUGCAGUAGUAUUCAACUUCAAUAAAUUUUUUUUGGUUA